UCUCAAUCAAAAACUUAAUAAUCUCCACAACCCCUAUACCAUUUUGGUUUUGUUUGAUCAUAUGAUUUAGGUAGAGUAUUUCGUUAUACAUUGACCUAAGAGUUUCAUAUGUUUCCAGAUUAUAAGAGAAACCAGGGCUAAAGGAUGCGUCAAACGGAGAAGUGAAAUAAACGAAAUCCUCGUGACCGAAAAAUCUGGAGAAAACCCAAGCACUGAACUUAAACUGCCCAUAUACUGCUAGAAAGUAAUAAAAAGGGAACGGUAACAGGAAGUUCUUAUCAUCAACAAGAAAAGAUCAAAGUCCACAUAAAAAUGUUUUUCUAUGAAGUUUGUUUACUUGAAUAUUUUGGAUUAGAUCUAAUGGUCAAAUAAUUAGCGGACUCAUUAGAAGCAUGAAAUAUAUAAAGUCCAAAAUACACCGGUGCAUGGUGAUAAAAGUAGUUAUGCUCUGCAUUGCUGUUUUGCAGUAUUACAGAAUAUUUUCAUGAUAUCUUGAAAUAGUAUGAGAUCUAAUCUAGGUAGACUGAUCAUAGCGUACUACAUCGCUUGUAGUUGACAUGUCUUUAUUUCCCACUUAAUCGUAGACAGUCGUAAGCGUACAAACGAGUAUUUAGUUCUUGUCUAUGUGUUUUCUCAGUUUUUAUGUCUGUUUCAAUGUGUGUUCAUAGUCGAACAGUCACAGUUUAAGACUUUCCGCUCAUUUAUUGCAAAAUAUAUCCAGUUUAAACAGCUACAAAUAUUUUGUAUAUAUUUGUAGGAUUUUGUUGAUUAUUCGGGUGACUUUUUUGAUAACCUUAAUGCAACAUCUAGUGACUACCGUCAAGGUCGAAUGAUAUUCUUACACUUGGAUGCAGCUGAUAUGGUUGGUCAUUCUUUUAAACCUGAUUCACAUGAGUACACUGAAGUUCUUCGUAAUUUGGACAAUGUAGUCUUUCAAGUUUAUCACAAGUUAACUGCAAAGUCUCGUGGAACUGAUUCACGUAUUGCUUAUAUCUUAACUUCUGAUCAUGGAAUGACUGAAUGGGGAAGUCAUGGGGCCGGUUCUUUUCAUGAAACAGUAACACCCUUGUUAAUCUGGGGUUCUGGUAUUGUUGGUCCAGUGGAAAUAGAGACCAAUGUGAAUGAUUUAUCGGAGGAUAAAAUAGACAUGUAUGGUUUACCAGUACAUAACUAUGGACGUCUUCGACGUGAAAUUCAACAGGCUGAUUUAUGCCCAUUAAUGGCUAGUCUUUUGGGUAUCCCAAUCCCAGUCAAUUCUAUAGGUCAAGUUCCUGUUGAAUUUUUGAAGAUUCCUGAAUAUGAUAAAGCGAAGCUAACACGUGCGAACUGGCUUCAAAUAUAUGGGCAACUUAAGAUUAAGUACUCUGAAAAAAAGAAAUCUCACUUCAGUAUUUUGUUCCGAGAAUUCCCAUCUUUAAAAAUGUCGGAUAUUAAUAAUAUGGAAAAUGUUUGUGAAUCUCUUAUUUCUUCUGGAAAAUAUCAUGAAGCAAUUCAAAAGUACAAACACUUAACCAGUUUGGCUUUAAACGGACUGAACUAUUAUCAUAAAUAUGAUAGAUUAUACUUAGGAUUUUGUGUAUCAUCAACAUUCUGCUUAUGGAGUCUAGUGAUACUUUGUCGUUUAUUUAAUCGAAGUGAUCAUGUAGAGUGUAGAAACUAUCCAAGUUAUUUAAAUAGUUUCUAUUGGACGUUGAUUAAUUGUAUUGUGAUUGGAUUCGGCCUAUUAGUUUUAACUUUUGCUAAUUCUUGGUCAUUGGGACCUACUGUAUAUCAGCUGGUUCCACUCAUUCUAGUGUUAUCAUUAAACUAUUCAAGAACUCGACGAAAACAACUAUUAACCAUGAUUAAUUAUUUAUGGAAUGGAUUGUUCGCGAAAGACUAUAGAGUUUCAUCUCUUUAUACUAUUUGUUCAAUUACAUUUGCUUCUAUUUGUUUACUUGAAAUGCUUAUCUGGGGAUUUUUUCAUCGUUAUCUACUAUCUUUGGCAUGUUUAUUGUUUGCUUUAUGGCCUUACAUAGAUGACUCGUUUAGACCACAUGAAAAGUCAAUUCUUUCUUUGUGGCACAUUUCGUGUUGUGGUUUGGGUAUAUUUCCUCUAUUACCUGCUAUUGGAUCAAACAUGUGUCCAACAAUUGUAUUUAUAACUGGUCUUAUUCUUACACCAAUGUCAAUUAUAUCCUUUCGGUUUGUAUCAAGUUCUCAAAAUCAUCUUUUUAUAUGGCUUGGUUAUCUAUUCGGUUUUGUAAUUUGUCUUUCAAGUUUUGCUGUUUAUGCAAUGAGUUUCUCAGUGAUACGUACUGGGAUAUUGAAGAUCUUUAUUCAUAUAUUUAGUUGGUCUGUGAUUAUACUUCUACCGGUGUCAGUUAUCCUUCUAGUUCCAACACGUCUUGGACCUCGAAUGAUUGGAUGGACAAUCGUUUACCUUGUCCCACUUUUACUAAUGAGCACUUAUUAUGAAGUUUCAUUCUUUGCCGUAUUCGCUGUAGUCACCUAUCUAUGGUUUUAUAUAGAAACGAAAACACUAAUUUUAAAGGAUAAUAUCAGGGUUUGGGAUCUUCAGACAUCAACUGACGACAGCAUUCAUUCAGCUAUUCAGAAUCAAUAUUCGUACAGUGAAAGUCCGUUAAACCUGAAGAGAUUUCGUCAAUCACUUUUCUUUAUAUUUCUUUUGAUAAUUGGAUUUUUCGGUACCGGGAAUAUUGCUAGUAUAAACAGUUUUGACCCACGUUCAACAUUUUGCUUCACAACAAUAUUAAAUCCUGCCCUGAUGGCGAUUCUUUUGCUAAUUAAGAUAAUGUGUCCUAUGCUCUUUUUGGGCGUGAUCUAUGCAGCUAUCCAGUUGCAUAAUGGCAAUUACUCAUCGUCUGUCAACAAUCAAAAAUCGAAAAGAGGAUAUCAUUCUAUUUUAGCGCAAACUGGUGUGACUGCAGUACUAUCUAACCUAAUAGCUAUCCACUUUUUUGUUUGGUUGAAAGAUGAAGGCAGUUGGUUAGAUAUAGGGACUAGUAUUAGUCAUUACGUUAUUGCUAUGUCUAUCAGUCUAGCUGGAUUUCUUUUCACAUUAUUGGGAAAGGAAAUGUUAAGUUUUUCAGUGAGUUCUAACAUACGCCAAAAGCUGUUGAAAGUAUCUAAUAAACAUGUAUAAUAACUACCUUUCUGAUUAUAUGUUGUAAUUAUCCUUUAACGUGUUGAACUUUGGUUACGUUUUGUUUGACUUUUUAUUGCACAUGGAAAGCUACUUAAAUCUAAAAUAAAAGUGAUAUUAAUAGAC